GCUGGAAGUCGCACAACUUGACGGGAUCAUCGACACAGUUACUUUCGAGAUAUUGGUCGUCCACGGAUUCGACAAAGUCUCCAGUGCUGGCCACAGUAUGGCGGUCCAUGUCCGAGAUUCGGCAAUCUCCGCUGACGGCAUUUCAUGAGCUUCCGUCGCUCCAAGGUGAAUUCAAGCUCUUCAUUGAAGGAUCUUGACGUGGACCUUGGGCCUCAAAGUCGGCUCAAAAGCCCGAAGAAGAGCCCCAGAAAGUUGAGGUUGAAGCCGAAACCUCAAUCUGAGCCCACGGAGGAACUGGAUCUAGACAUGGAGGAUGAGAACCCGCUAGCAGGAAUUGCUGUUGAAAGGCGGGUUUUGUUCUCAAUUGACAAGAGCAAGAGCUUCGAUUCAAUCGCUGAACACCUUCAAUCGAUAGUGAACGAAGUCAAGAGCGAUAUUGCACUGAAGCAACGAGCUCUCGAGUUGUACCGGAAAGAAAUUCAGAACAUGGACACGAUUUUCAUGAAAGUUAUUGCCAUGGAAAAGGAAGCAAAGUCGAGAAAGACCGAAGAGGCAGAACCCGAAGACGACCCAAACCGGUUUACUUUUGAGGAAAGGAUGGAGUUUCUCCAAACAGGGCCUUUUACCAUCGUCUUCCAUGGAAUGGAACCUGACUGGAUCGAGGAAGAAAUGGACGACGAUCCCGAUUUCCAAAGGGACGUCUUGGAACUCCGAAUUAAGAAACUUUUUAAAGACGAGCUAGGUAUGAUACGAGAGAUCCCACUCGUUGAUGUGUUUCGCUAUACUGAGGGCCCUCGGAUCAACAAUGCCGCUCCUAUCAUAGUGAGCUUCAAAAACCGCAAAGACAAAGAGCAGCUAAUGUGGAGAUGCAAAGAUAAAAUGAAGAGCUUGGGUCUUUUGGUGACCGAAGAUUCCACGGCACGGCUAAAGAAACAGUUUAAACUCAUCCAGGAACACGAAGAGAGUCAGAAGCGACCUCAAGCUCGGAAAAGUCCGGCCAAGAAACCCUUCCGAUCCAUCAGAGGCCGUAAGAAAUGAAAUGGCUUCGAAAUUUGACGCCCCAAGGCAACUCCCUGAAGCUUCCACCAUGUUUCCCUCCCACUCACUUCUAAUCCAUCUUGGUGCAUAUCACCAACUCAUCCGGGCGUGACUUCAAUUUCGGUAGAGAAAAUGGCGUGAAACAGACAAUUUUCCAAUUUCUUGUUGCAUCAAUGCAUUCCUCGGAACAAACUCAUGUCAAACGAAGGAAAUGAAAUGACUGAAGAUUCCGUGGAAGAGAAAGGCCCGUUGUGCUUUCCGAAUGAUCCGAGGCAUUCAAAUAUGCAGGCCUACUAACCCUUGUACGGUGAUCUUGCCCUCACGUCAUCACCUCCGUGAGCGUGUGUACUCUCCUAUGUGCAUGAGCGUUCCUCGUUCUCAUUUCACGGAAAUAGACAAAUCUCCCAUGAAACCACGGAUGAUGCCACCAAGGUUGGAAGCAACGUUGAAAUCUGAUCAAUGGAGAUUGAAUCGUGUGCGGGGCAUCGUAACAACAACGGCAACAAUAAGAGCUAUUUCCUCACUGAAGCCCCAUGCCCGAGAGGGAAGAGACAAUACACAAUGAUCAUCUUCAACCAAUUCCACGAACAGCCACCACCAGCACUUCUCCAGCAUCAUCUCCCCAAAACGUAACUGUUUGCCACCAGAAUAAAUGGCUUUUUAUGUACAAACUCGAGUCGAAGCCUCAAGAGGACGGCGAUAAAAUAGGAAGAUGAUGAUGGAGGGGCAUGCCACGAUUUCGUCCAUCAGUGAGAAUAUUUCCCAAAAGAAAUCGCACCGGACCUACUGCCAAUUGAUGCUUGAAUACUCGAACCUUGUCUCUAAGACGGGAACUAGAGCUUCCAAUGCACGUGAUCGCUAAUUCAAAGCCAAUCAUUAUCAGAAAUAUAAGCUAUUUUGGGAUCCAA